ACAUUGUCUCGAGCUGUUUUGGUUAGAGUGAGUCAGGAGCCCGAAAAGCAACAAAGUCGACCGUGAAUUCAACAAAAACAACAUAUAAAAACUCUCUUCUUAUCUUAAGAUCACAUUUAAUUUCAGUUAUGCCAUCCGACAGACCCUUCAAACAGAGACGGAGCUUUGCUGAUCGCUGCAAGGAAGUGCAGCAGAUACGGGAGCAGCAUCCUAAUAAAAUUCCGGUUAUCAUUGAGAGGUAUAAGGGGGAGAAGCAGCUUCCUGUCUUGGACAAGACCAAGUUUCUUGUUCCUGACCAUGUUAACAUGAGCGAGCUGGUGAAGAUAAUCAGGCGUAGACUGCAGCUCAACCCCACCCAGGCCUUUUUCCUUCUUGUGAAUCAGCACAGCAUGGUCAGUGUGUCCACUUCCAUUUCUGAGAUCUACGAACAAGAGCAAGAUGAAGAUGGCUUUCUGUACAUGGUUUACGCCUCCCAGGAGACCUUCGGUUGCUAAGCACGCCACUAGACCCUUGAGGGAGGGACGGCAAAGUGCGAUAAAUGGAAAGACGAAGCAGGCUCACCCAAAUGAACCCCUAUUUUAAAAAAUAAAACCGUCGAUUUUACUUUAUGAAACACUAAAGGGCAAACCGAAGCCCUACAGUAAACACUGUUUGACUUGCCUGAACCAUUUUUUUUUUAAACUUGGUUCAGUUGUGCUAAGGUUUGCGUAAGGUUUUACUUCGAUCCCAUCUGGAUUUUUUCCUCUGCCUUUUAUUUCUUUUAUUAGGUGUGUUAUGUAAAAACUAGUAACAUACGUUGCUGUAAAUAGGUGAGAGUGUGUUUUUUCCUCUUUGUUUUAGGAGAUCAAUUUGCGGUAAGCUUGUCCGUUUGCGUGUACUGUAGUAAUUGCCUGUAACCAGACCUCAGUGGUACUGGUGUAAGAUUGUAAAAUCAAAAUGCAGAAUAAUUCAAUUCUAUUUCUACAGUCAUACCAUACAGAACAUUUUGAUUCUCAAAACAAAACUGUCAUAAGCGGCUCCACAGGAUGUUCUAUAAAUGUCUGUAAUAACUUAAAUAUUGGGCAGUUUCUAAAGCCUUUCAGUAGGUUCAUUUGUGGCCUCCUGUGUAAAAGAGUGUGCCUCAUUUACUGUAAAAUAAGAAUAGCAAAAGCUUAAUGGUAGUUGUAGUGAAUAAACACGAUUAUUUGUACUGUACACACAUGAGCCAGAAGAACAUUUGAAAAGUUAGAUGCAUCUCCUGGCAUUCAGUAUUCUGCAGUCAGUCACAAUAAUUUAUCUUUAGCACAUACAAUUUAAUGCUUUUUUGCACAAUUAAAUCAUCCAAGAGGACAAACUCUUAAUUAUAAUGUUAAUUAGAGCACAUAAUUAUAUUCUCAUUUGUAUCAGACUGUGCUCCGUCACCAUACAAGAUGUAGGCCUUCUGUCAAAGCGCAAAUGAAGGGAUUGCAAGGCACUGCCCUGCAUGUUUUUCUCUCAACCUUUUUGAUAUUGAUUUAUGUUAAAGAUUUGUUAAAAUUUUGUUAUUUAAAGCAAAAAAUACUUUUAAGAUGUAUUGACACCAAAAAAAACGAAAACUGAAAUAUGUAUGUUUAUGUAUGUUUGAAUUGUGUGAAAACAAGUGUGUAUAAAUCAUUGUAUGAAAUGA